GAAUUAGGGUUUACUUCCUUUUCUCUAUCGACUUAAGAAGGGUUUUCAUGUCUUGCCUAUAAAUAAAGUUGAAAUCGAAGAAGAGUAAUAGAGCCAAAGUCGUUUUCCUUUGUCUAUAGCCAAAAAAAAUCUAGGGUUUUAACGUAGCCAACGCGCCAUGAAAAAGCUUAAGAAGAUCGUCACGGAGGAUCACCGAUCCAAUACACAAUAUUCAACCUCAGGAAGAGAAUUCUCAGACUCGAUCCCAAUCGAUCUCCUUAUCGAUAUAUUCUUGAGAGUCCCACCAAAGUCUAUAGCUAGGUUUCGUUGCGUAUCAAAGUUCUGGUCUUCCAUACUUUGUUGUCCAGAUUUCACUGAGCAGUUCCUGACUAAGUCUUGGACUCGUCCAAGGCUCUUGUUUACCUUCCAAGAUCAUGGAAAUUUGUUCUUCUACUCUUCCCCUCAGCCUCAAAAUCCAGAUGAUAACUCGUCUCAUAUUGUUGCCGAUUAUCUAGCCUAUUUCCCUACAAAGGUUUCCUCUCGAGUUUGUCGUCCUGCCAAUGGAUUGAUCUGUCAUCAAGAUACAAAGUGGACAGAAUCAGUUACAACAGUUUGUAAUCUCAGCAUGGGAGAACUUGUCCCCUUACCGAAAGUGAAAAUAGAUAGAACUGAGUCGAGAAGCUAUUUUGGGUAUGAUCCGGUCGGAAAACAGUUCAAGGUUUUGUGUAUGACUUGGUGUCGUUGUGGAAUAUAUGAUAUAUCGCCGAGAGUUCUUACACUAGGGAAUAGAAAACAACUAUGGAGGAAUACUGAGUUUUGCAAAGUUCAUUAUCCUUUAUUUGAUGGGAUAUGCAUUAAUGGUGUUUUGUAUUAUCCAGCCGCGAAGGUCCGUGGUUAUGGGGUUUCUGUGAUAGUUUGUUUUGAUGUUAGGUCUGAGAAAUUCAGCUUCGUUAACAUCACACAUGACAUGGUGAUAAAACGUGAUUCGAUUCUGAUUAACUACAAUGGUAAAUUGGGUUUACUUGAGGCUCAAAAUGAUCAGGGUGAUUAUCAUCCUUUAUUUAAUUACAACUAUGAAGGAAUAAAUAGAAAAACUAGAGCAAUACUGAUGUGGAUUCUUGAGGAUGCUGAUAAACAUACAUGGUCGAAGCGUAUCUACGAAUUCCCCAAUGGAUGGUGGGAGCCUGAUGACACUGAUUUACGCUUUGUUGGACUAACUAGAACAGGCGAAAUCGUGUUGUCUCCGUACUUUCUUUUCAACCCUUUUUACGUUUUCUAUUAUAAUCCCGAGAGGAACACUAUCCGUAGAGUUGAAAUACGAGGAUUUGAAGCAUCCGAGCAUCCUCUCGUUCAUGUCUUUAUAGAUUAUAUAGAGAAUGUGGCACCUAUGAAAGUGCUUAGAACUUCAUAAAGUCGAAACGUUCUUGGUCUGUUCCUUUAUAUACAACAUUACUUUUCAUAUAGU